UGGGAGGACUGGGUGGUCUCCUUCAGGCAGGUGGUCCUCCAGGCUCCUCCCCUUCCCCAGAAAACAGAAGGUUUGAAUCUCUGAAACCUUGGGCCAUUUGCUGGCGUUCACGUGGGAAUGCGAAUCAGCCACCCUUGCAUAUCCACCACCUGUGAGUCCCUGCAGAGCCACUUUUUCUCUAUAUAUCACUUCUUUCCCUUGGGAUAGAGCAAAGUGAGCAAAGACCAGUCCAGAGUUGAAGCCCUGCGAUGCACUCUUCGUGUUUCGCGUGCAGAAAGUGAAUGAGGUUUUCUCGGUAUCCAACCUAUAUAACAACUGGCAGUCGCACAAGGCAAUGCAGGUUGAGCUGGAGUCGUUGGCCCAGCUGGGUCUCUGCAUCGAAGCCAUGGAGGACGGAGAAGAGGGGCAAAACGGAGGCAGGCAGGCGCUGUGCCUUGCCCAGCUUGGAGAGCCUCCGAAUUGGACGGCAUUGGGACAGCUGAGGCUGGAAGAUGAGGAAAGAUUGGCCCAGAGCUGGGAAGUCCAGUGGCACGAUGCCCCGAAGGAUGUCCCUCAGUGGGAGAUCCCGGAGAUGCCCAAAACCAUGCGUUGGGAAGUGUCCAAGUCUGCCUUGGUGCCUUCCGAAGUGGCCUCCGAUUUCAGCCCGGCCUCUCAAGCCGAGGCAGCCGUUAUACUAUCACCAGGAGCCCCAGAGGUAUUACAUGGACCGGACUCUGGAGAUGGACGAGGGACAGACACAGAGAUCCCGAGCGAGGACACGGCCAGCGCAGAAGUGCGGCGCCAGUGCUUCCGGCUGUUCCGUUACAAAGAGGAAGAGGGGCCCCGAGAGGUUUGCGGACAGCUCCACAACCUCUGCUGCCGGUGGCUCACCCCGGAGACCUGCACCAAGGAGCAGAUUCUGGACCAGCUCAUCCUGGAGCAGUUCCUUGCCAUCCUCCCGCUGGAGAUGCAGAGCUGGGUCAGGGAAGCCAGUCCUGAGUCCUGCCACCAAGCGGUGGCCCUGGCCGAGGACUUCCUUCAGGGGCAGCAAGGGGCCAAAGGAUGGGAAGCACAGGAACUGCCAACACCUGCUGAAGUAUCUGUGAGCUUUUCUGCAACAGACGAGGCUGCUUCUGAGCUCUACCCGGAGAUCAAGCAGGAGGUGGAUCAUGGGAAUGGUCCUCGCUCGCUCGGAAGUGAUGAGUUGCUGGUUGAAUAUGAUACGGCAAGGGGAGAGCUGGAAGUCAACAUCAUGAAUACGGUUGAAGCGGAAACUCAUGUAGAGCCAAUCCAGAUGGAAAACUGGAACAAAACAGUGCCUGAUGAUACUUGGGAGGAGCGCCUUGAAAUCACACUCCCACAACCGGAGAUGCAAACGAAUAAUGUCUAUACUGAUAUCAGGAAAGGCCUGAGCCAGACGUCCAACCUCAGGAGACAUCAGAUAAACCACACAGGGCCCAAGCUGCAUAUCUGCACAAUGUGUGGGCACAGCUUCACGCGGAGAGCCAACCUCUUUCGGCACCAGCAGCUCCACACUGGGCUGAAGCUGCACCUGUGCGCUGUCUGCAACCGGAGCUUCACCAGGAGGGAGAAUCUUGUGAGACACCUGAGGACCCACACAGCAUGCGGCAAGUGUACCAUUCAGAACAAAGAGGGUCUACUUCAAGUGACACUGGAAGGGACGGAAGCGUCCGAGAAAGAGAACCGAGGCGAACAAAAGCUGGAAGAACCUUCAGGGAUCUGGAAAUCGAAACCCGUAAUGCACCAAGAGGGCAGUGCCAGCUUUGACUUCACUGUCCCCCAAACGGGGCACCAAGGAGAGACAGGGACGAAUGUGUGCCCCGUUUGCGGGAAGAGCUUCACCCGCAGGACGACCCUCAACAGGCACAGGCGAACGGUGCACACAAGUGAAGGCCUGAAUAAAUGCACCGACUGUGGGAAAAUCCUAGGCCAGGUGGCACCGGCAGGAGGGAAGCCCUGUCGUUGUGCCAAGUGCGAUGAGAGAAACAGCCUGAACCUGAGCUUGCGGAACUACAAGAGGAGCCACAAAGGGAAAAAGAAGUUCAGGUGCCUGGACUGCGACCGGGGUUUUAGCUGCCAUUCACACCUCCUCCGGCACAUGAGGAUCCACACAGGAGAGAAGCCGUACGUCUGCUCGGCCUGUGGGAAGACCUUCCGCCAGACGGCGCAUCUGGUGAAGCACCAGCGGAGCCACGGGGAGCAGGAAGGCUGCUUAGGCUGAGAGGCAGGAGAACAUCUCUCCGGGACUCCGUGCCAUAUUAUUACAAAGGGGAAAGGCCACCUAAAACAGAAGGGGGGGGACAUGAGGCCUGGCAUUGCUCUUUUUGGUGACUUCUCACAUCAUCUUGCUGCCUCCCCAAAAGGAUUCCGGUAGUGGAUGAUGGGAUACGCCUUUACCUGAGGCGCUUCCGGAAAGGAACAGAGCACAACAGACAGCAUUGCCCUGGACAGACAAAUGGUCUCACACACUUGAAGGUGUCUUUGUAUUUUCAAAGCAUCCUGUGUCACGCUAAAUACUACUGGCUUUCACUCCA